AUGCCCGAACCCGACCCUCCGUCUGUGCUCUCGGGAAAUGCGGGGAACGGGACUUUCCUUGAGCUGUUCCCCACGUCCCUGUCCACCUCGGUGGACCCGUCCCCCGGCCACCUGUCCAGCGUCUACGUCUAUGUGUCCAUAUUCCUCAGCCUUUUAGCCUGUCUGCUUCUGCUCCUAAUCCUUGCUCUCCAGAGGCUCAAAAACAUCAUCUCCUCCAGCCCCUCCUGCCCCGAGUGCCCGAGCGACGCCGGCAGCUCCUUCACCAACCUGGAGGUCUGCAGCAUCUCCUCCCAGAGGUCCACCUUCUCCACCCUGUCCUCGUGA